AUGAUCUCUCCAACGCACAGUAAUGCGUCGAACACACGCAGCCGACGCCACCACACACCGCUGUUGCAGGAGCGCAGCAACUCUUUGACUCGGCGGCAGGAGAUGCUGAAGCGCCAAAGCAGCCAGUCCUCUACCUCGCCCUCCGCAUCGCAUCAGCAGGAGGCGUACUCGGAUGCAGCUAUGCCGGGCACUACCCUCGUGUGCGGUGUACGCUCCGCGUUCCCGCUCAUCCCUCUCUCCACCGAAGCGCAAAUGACAAGCGACAGUGCGGUGCAUGAGGCAAUGUCGUCGGCCUCUUCGUCUAGCCCACCACGCGGUGUACCGAUCCUGCGUCGUCCAUCAUCUCCGACCGCGGCUACCCUCUUCCAGCGCCAGCACUCCGCCAGCGGUGUGAAUGAGCCUUGCAUGAGCAGCGGCACCAACUUGGGGGGAUUACCACCUGCCUUAUGCUUGCACAAUCGUAUACCUCGUGACGCGCCUGGUAGGCCCCCGCGGGUGCGUCUGCACGAAGGAGAGCAAGACCAGCAUGCAGGUUUCGAUGCGGAAGCCGGCGCUGAAGAGGACAGCCUCCAUGAGGAGCCGGAGGAAGAUGAGGAAGACGAGGCAGAGGACACAAGGUCCACCAGCACCGAUGCUGCGUCGCCCCUUGAGAGCGCUAGUCAUUGCAGUGACGCAGGCACAGAGCGCCUCGGCGUCGUUGCGGAGGCGAUUCAACCGCUUGUUGUGUCGAACAGUAAUACAUCACCUCGAGCCUCUAAGAAGCGCGCGCUCUCCCGUUCGCAUGCGGUACCGGCGCGCGUGUCGGUGCACGUCAUCACGGAAACCAUCAUGGCCAACACACCUCAAGGGCAUCGCAGUAUUCAUUGUGACGGCAGCAGUCCGGAGGGACUCGGUGACGACCAGACCGAUAGCGCAGAAGCGCAUGAGCGCAACAGCCGCUACCUGACGCACGAGCCAGUUGAGUACCACACGGACAGUGACGAGGAUCUGUGGGAGCCGCAGCCGACGAACCGACCUCGCCUCCGCAGCGACCACGCGCAGCACGAACAAGCAGUCGUGUCGCCAUAUGUGGUGACUGCGACGACGGCUCAUCGGCGGUGUGUUCAGGCCACGAACGCCGAGGCAUCCUCGAUGAAGACAAACACAACGAGCGCCAUCUUGGCCGCGCAGCUUCUCGCGAGGACGGAGGGGCGCCACUGCUCCGCGGGUACUGGAGAAGAGACGCUCGUUAAGCGUGGUGAAGCUAUGCCAGCCAUCCUGCAGACGGUUGGGCCACGCGUGAUGUCAGCAUCCUCAGUUGAUCAUGCCCGGCAGCAGUGCACUGGCAGAGUCAACAUCGACGCUGGCGCAGCGAAGGUAGAAGAGGCGCAUCCAGCUUUGUGGCAGACGCCGGAGCAGAGGAUGAUGUCUGCCUCUGAGGCGCGACAUCGUGGGAGUCAACAGGCCGUGGAGUCUGAGGCCCCAUGGUACACGGACGCCGAUCAGCAACCGAGCGUGCUUAAGACGGUAGGCUCGUACAGCCUCUCGCGCUCCUCUGCUGAUCGAUCGCGGACAAACUCGCGGCGCAGUAUAUGCGCCUCCCUCCUCGAGCACCCCUCCGACAGACUAUUCUCAGCAGAAAAACUGUUGACCGCCAGACAGACUCUUCACAUAAGGGCAGCAGAGGAUAGCGCCGACCUGCUGCGACCCCGACGCGCCAGUCGCCGCUCCUCAGACAAGGCAUCUUCCUACUCGCCUGGGGCGCCACAGGAGAACUGCACCGCCGGUGCCACCCUACCGCCUCGCGUGCCAGUAGACAAGACUGCCGCAAAACGUCGCUACUCCCACGCCUCUUGGCACUCAACCUACACGAGCACCAACGACGGUGGGGAGGAGUACGACAGCCAUCCGUCGCUGGCAGGGCGAACGGCCCCUAAGGUGGCGGCGACGAGCACGGCGUUGGGUGCAGGUGACCGCCGCAGGAGCAAGGUGGACGAGGUCGAUCCGGUGCGUUGGCUGCACCUACACAAGGUGGAAGAGGAGGACGACAAGGAUCAGAUCAACGAGAUGAACGGCAGCAAAUACAGUGGCGAGGAGCAGCAUGCCGCAGAAGCCGAAGCUACGGGAGGUGGCGACGCCGACGAGAGUUGCAUGCCGCAGGAUCACCUGCAGGUGCCAGCGAGAUUUGUGGGGCUGGAGCAGAUCCGUCCCUAUCGCCCCAUGGCGCACGAAGGCAGCAGUGAAGACUACCGGGAUGGGUACCCCAACGUCCAUGAAGAGGUAGAUGAUAGCACAGAGUACAUCAGCUGCUACGACGUGGCCUGCCAAACAUCGCAGCACCUGCUGAACACGUUGCGAGAAGAGUGCCAGGAACGACCGCAAACCUGGCAAGGGGCGGGUGGCGAGGGCGACGUCGGCAAGACAGACUCACCGACCCCUCACUACGUUGGUGCAAGCCGGUGGAUGUGCGCUGCCGGUGUUUGCCCAAAGUGCCACCCCAGCCGGCAGUCGAGGAACGACAGCAGCGGUGGUGUCGGGAGGCGCAGAAAGCCGAUGUGGCCAUUCGUCCCGUGCAGCAGUUUGGGGUACAGCGCCCCACCUCACCUUGUCUUGUGGCAGAAGCACCAGGGGCUAGCGGCCGCGACUACUGCAGACCGCGCCGCACGCCUCCCGCCACUGCUGUCAUCUUCAGCCUCAUCGGCCCGCACGCACCCUCGCCGUUCGCCUGCAUCGUCGCGCCAGCAGCACGCUCAAAGGGCAUCGUCUGCACGGCAGCACAACAACACGUAUACUAGCAGUAGAAGUGGCAGUUGUCGUCACUACCGCCGCGACCACUACUCGCCUAUCGUCACCUCCUACCAGGGUGGGUACUGCUUCACGCGCGAGUGGGACGCACAACAGCAGCAGCGGCACCGUCAGCUGGGUGAGCUGCAGAUGGAGCAUAAAGCGCGCCGCGGGGGAACCGGGGCAGCAUACACUCCCUUGCUGCUGUUGACAAGCCAUGACAUGCAGUCGAGAGCGCGGGCUGCCGGUAAGGAGCCCGGAAAGUACCGCUACUGCAACCUGGAGUCGCAAGAGAUGAUGGUGCACACAGGGUUUGGACGCUCAGAUUUAGAGCUAGAGAUCUACAACGACACGCUACACGGGGCCCCUCUCAUCAAGGAGCAGCAGGAUGACGAUGACAGCGCGGUGAAGGCAAUUGAGAACCGAAAGGAUCGGGAGGCCAGCGUGCAGACAAAGCUGCGUUGCCCGGCGCCUCCGGCAGUAGCGGCGGUUGUUGCCGCCGCAGACAGCAGCAACCGCCACAGCAGACCCACACCUCCGGCCGCCGACGACUCAGCCAAGGCGAGUCGGUCGAGGGUGUACUGA